CGGAAGUGUCCUCACAUCAGCUGAGCGGAGCCGUGACAGGUCGGCUUGCUGCAGUCCGAGUGCCGUGAGACUGACCGCUGACUUUCUCCAAAAACAGCGAACGAUAUUAGCAAUGUAACAGCGCUUUACUGUGGAUUUGUAGGUGGGAACACCGGAGAGUCACCCGUGCCUUGUGUUGUAGAGGAUCACCAUUGAAGAUGCCUCUGGUGCCAGUAGUGCCAGAGAACCACAGUCAUGUACUGGCAGAGUUUGACUGCCUCGAUCCACUUCUGUCCGCUCUCCGUUUAGACUCUGGCAGGCUCAAGUGUACCUGUUUGGCAGUGUCAAGGAAGUGGCUCGCAUUGGGAACAUCAGCAGGAGGGCUGCACCUGAUCCAGAAGGAGGGCUGGAAGCAGAGACUCAUCCUCACUCACAAGGAGGGAUCUAUCACUCAGGUGGCGUGUUGCCCUCACGAUGAAGACUUCAUCGCUGUUGCAACAAGUCAGGGUCUGGUGGUGGUGUGGGAGCUGCAGCUGGAGCGGCGGGGUCGUCCAGAGAGAGUCAGUGUGUCCUGGGAGCACAGAGGUCAGGCCAUCACUGCACUCUGCUGGGACACCAGCACGCUCAGAGUUUUUGUCGGGGACACAGGAGGCAAGGUGUCCUUUCUACGUGCAGGAUCCUCCAAACUGGGCAAGGGGUCAGCAUUCGUUAUUUUCCCUGUUCAGACCGUCACCACUGUGGACUCAAGAGUGGUUCAGCUUGGAUACCAAGAUGGGCGCCUGCUGGUGUCUUCCCUGAGCCGCUGCUACCUCUGUGACACAGAGAGGGAGAAGUUCUGGCGUGUUGGAAAUAAGGAGCGUGACGGGGAGUAUGGAGCUUGUUUCUUCCCCCAGAACAGGGGAUUAUUAGUCGGUCAGCCCCCUCUGCUGUACUCUGCCCGGCCGGGGUCUCGAAUAUGGGAGGCCAGUUUCAAUGGCGAAGUUCUGAGCACCCAUCAGUUCAAACAGCAGCUGGCCUGUCCUCCUCUACCACUCAUCACUUACAGAGAUGAGCCUCAUUACAACCCACUGCAGAAGAGCCCCCAGUCAAUCGCCUUCCCUAAACUGCUGUUUUUCGGAGACCAGAACUUGCUGACCUGGACUGAUUCAGCAAUUUAUAUCUUUACACCUCAGAACGGACAAGUGCUUCUGUGGACUCAAGUCAAAGACUUGGCUGAUAUCGCAGUCUACCGCAACGAGCUCUUCUGUCUCCAUGGCAGCGGACGUCUGUCCCACCUGUCCCUGCUUUCUGCCGAACGCUGUGUUGAGCGUCUGCUGCGGAGGGAGUCCUGGCCUCUUGCUGCUAUGGUCUGCUGUAUGUUCCAGCACACAGUCACAACCAGCAAGGCCAGGAAAUCAAUUCCCAUUGACCGCCUCGAACAUCUCAGGUCCCAGCUCAGCUCCAGUACGCACCUGGAGCUGACUGGCCAGCUGGAGGAAGUCAUCUCUAAACUAGAGCCUCUGGACUCCGCCUCCAGCAGCCGCAGAAGUAGCAUCUCCUCGCAUGAGAGCUUCAAUGUCCUGGACUGCGGAAUCUAUCGUGUGAUCAGCCGCAGAGGGAGUCAGUCAGACGAGGAGACGAGCUCCCUCACUAAUCAGUCUGCGUCAGAGGAGGAGCGGCUCAAAGAGUUCAGUUAUGUGCAAGAGGAGGAUCAGGCGGAUCAUGAUCCACAGAGCAGUGAGCGCACGGACGCAGAGCGAUCUGAGCAAGGCCUGCAGUUCCACCUCCCCCUUUCAUUCCGCCCCAAACCCCCUCGCAUCGCACUGCAGGCCGUCAAAGAAAGUGUUUCUAGUUUUGUUAAGAAGACAACAGAGAAGAUCAACACCCUCCAGAUGAACUCUGAGCUCUGGCAACGACCUGAAUUCAGAGAAGGUGGACAGGCUGAGAUGUCAGCCACCCAAGCUCAGUACUCAGAGGAAAUGGACAGUGAAGUUUAUGAUGAAAUGCCCAACACAGAGGCCGACAUGCAGGAACUUCGAUCAGCGACAGAGAGAGCUAUCUCCCAGAUCCAAGAUCCUUUGGUGCUACUGGAUCCAGUCUGCCUGAGAGAAACUCUGCUGGAGUGGUUGCCGGUGCUGGAGCGAAUACUCGGACCUGAAGAGCCUGGGUCAACUGUUUUGGCUGAUUCAAAGGUGGAUGGAGCAGGAGAGGAGCGGUGGGAUUAUCUUCACUCCUGCUCAGAGCAACAUGAGGAGUCUUCCGUUUUAUCAGCAGAACCAACAGAGCGCAUCACAGAGGAGAAGAGAGAGGAGUCUCCUGAGCUUGGAGAAGAAGAGGACCAGUGUGACUCCACUGAGAAGGAGCCUGAAGUUUCAAAUGGGAGUCCUUUAGAACCUGUUCGAGUGGUGUCUCCCAAACCUGUACCAUCGGAUCUCCUGGCUAAUCUCACCCAGCUGGCAAUGCUGUAUACAGAGCAGAGCUGCUUCAGAAACCAGAAGGAUGAACAAGCGCUGUGCUGCACAGCCUUCCUGCGCCGCUACUUCUUUCUGCUGGACCAUGAGCGUGUAAGGAGAAUGUGUCUGCUGUGUCAUCAGGAGCGGCCGGAGGUUCAGAGCUCCUUCACUGAGGCCAUGCUAGAUCUCACUCAGUCCAGUAAGGUGGUGGAGGUUAUUGAGAGAGGUGAUCUGCUUCGGUCACUGCGCAGUCUGAGGGAGCUGCAGCCCUGGAGUGCACCUCAUCUCCUCGCUCACUUACACAGGCUGUAUGAGAAGCACGGGGAGGCGGCUGUACGCUCCUUUACGCAGUUCUAUCCUAUGAUCACUCCUGCUGAUGUGAUGGCCAUGGCUCACCAAAGCCACUUCCUGGCAUACCUGGAUAAUCUGGUCCAGUCACGAACUGAGGAGGACAGGUUGUCAUUUUUGCAGUCUCUUCUUGAACCAGAAUCACUGAGACAGGAUUGGCUGGAGCUAGCUCUUACCCAUGAUGCCCCUCAACACUGUGAUACCCUGACCCCUGAUGGGCAGCCCAGGUGGCGUUCUCAUUGUUUCAGUUGGGGUUAUGGACGCCUCCUGUCUCUCCUCAUCCGUCUUCCUGCAGACCUGUCCUCCAAGCAGGAGAUGGCAGAGACAUGCCGCAGUCAUGGGUACUGGACGGGCUACAUUUACCUCUGCUGUGAGCUGCAGCGUCGCUCAGAAGCCUUCUCCGCCAUCUGUCAGCUGGACGACAUCAGUCUGCUGGAGGAAGCUGAUGGUGUUGAGCCUCAGACAUUGGAAGAGUGGAAGCUGCUGAUCCAGUUAUGUCAGCACUGCAGCAGUGCAGCAGACUCAGAGCAGGUCACGGGUGUGAAUGGGAGCAGUAGGUCCAACGGUGCGGCAGAUUGCGAUGAAAAGAUCAGUCCAGAGAAUCUGACCCUGAUGCUGGCUCGGACAGCCGGGCCCGACCGCGCCAUGGCCAUCCUGGAGGAGUGCGGAGUGCAGCCGGUCCUUUCUUCGCACUCCAAACUGGUCUGUGAGCUGCUGAAGGUCGCUGAGAAGAGGCAGAGAGCGAUGAUCCAGACGAUGUUAGAGCGCUGUGAUCGCUUCCUGUGGUCUCAGCAUGCUUAACCUCAGACCAGCUGCAGCCUCUCGACGCCAAACAAGAUAACUAACACUGUAUGUAAACCUCCCCAAUGACUGCUGCUGUAACUUAAUUUGUGCAAUGUAAUAUUUAUCAGCUGCCCAGCUACUUAUCUUCCCAGCGAGAACAGUAUUAUCUAUUUAACUUUACUUUUUUUAAUGAUUCAGUUUGAAUGCCUUUUUGCAUGUACAGGUAAUAUCUGUCUAUCAAAUAUCUCAAUGAACAAAAAUGAACUGUUAAUAAUUACAGUGAAAUGUUCUAACCAGGUAAUAUGUGAAUAAAACUUACUGUAUUUAA